CUGAAAGUUUCCGGGAUUUCUCGACACACGCUCCGACGCCUCGGCACAUCACUACAUCACUACCUUGUCCUUGUAUCUGAUAACUUGCCUUGUGGACUACAUACCGGUGUUUAUUAUUUAUCACUUCGUGUCUUCAAUUUUGUAAGUAGUUUGAGAUAUAUUCUGCCCAAAAAGAGGACCAAAAUCAACAGUUCCGGUAAUUUUGGGCAUAAAUAAUAUACUGUCAAUAAAAUCAUUAAUUUCUCGCGUUUAUCAUACAGUCAGCGAUUUUGAAUACUGCAUCUUUAAGCUGAAAAUGGGAGGAGAGCUUCACGAUCAUUUAAAUGAGAACAUUCGUCCAUAUAUUGAUCUGAUUGAUCAUUUGCGGUCAAUUGGAGUUCAAAAAGAUUUCAAUAUCGCACUACCAACUAUUGUUGUGAUCGGAGACCAGAGUACUGGAAAAAGUUCUGUGCUGGAGGCAUUGUCUGGAGUUGCACUUCCAAGAGGGACUGGAAUUGUCACCAGAUGUCCACUAGAGCUGAGGUUGAGGAAAAUAACAGAUGCAAUAAACUGGAAGGCCACUCUGUCUUACCGACAAACCAAGGCAGCAUUAGGGAAUUCAUCAUUCGGUCACAGCCUUAAGGGCGCACAUGCUACUGAAUACGAAAAGAAGAUAAUUACAUUUGAUGAUCCUUCAUUAAUUGAAGAGCAUAUUAAAGAAGCCCAGAAUAAACUGGCUGGAGAUGGGGCAGGAAUCUCUGAGGAAAUUAUUGUUUUAGAAAUCAGAUCACCGGAUGUGUGUGACCUCACGCUGAUCGAUUUACCUGGAAUUGCAAGAGUUCCUGUACAAGGACAACCAUCAGAUAUUGGAACUCAAAUCAAAACUCUGAUCGCAAAAUUUAUUAAGAAACCUGAAACUUUAAUUAUGGUGGUGGUUCCAUGCAAUAAUGACAUUGCAACAACAGAAGCAUUGAAAAUUGCACAGGAAGUAGAUCCAGAGGGGACAAGAACUCUUGCUGUUUUGACCAAGCCGGACCUCAUAGACAAAGGGGCAGAGAAAAGGAUUCUGGCCAUUGCCCAGAACAAAGUCAUCCCUCUUCACAAAGGCUACAUCAUGGUUAAAUGUAGAGGUCAACAACAGAUUGAUGAGAAUAUUUCUCUUGAGGAGGCUUCAGAAAUGGAGAGAGAUUUCUUCAAAAAACAUAAACAUUUCAGACAGCUUUUGAAUGACAACAAAGCUACUGUUUCAUGUCUUGCCACUGAACUGACAGAGCAUCUGGUUAAACAUAUAAAAAAAUUACUGCCACUGCUGGAUGAAGAGAUUAAUAGAAAGUCAUCAGCAACAAGAAAAGAGCUGAACAUGAUUGAGGGUGAACCACCACAAGACCCUCAGGGGGCCAAACAAUACCUCAUUAAGACUUUAACAGAAUUCACUGAUAAAAUUAAGAAAAUAUCAUCAGGGGAUCUGAUCAUUUCAGACAAUUUGUUUAUGCAGCUUCGGAAAGAAUACAAGAAGUGGAGUGCUCAUCUUGACAGAACAAAAUCAUCCUUUAACCAUCCGUCAGAUGUAAAAGCACAAAUAUUAAAGAAUAGAGGACGGGAACUGGCCGGCUUCAGCAGCUACAGGCCUUUUGAGAUGAUUCUGCAGAGCAAUAUUGCCCAACUUGAGGAACCAGCCAUUGCUUUAGUCGCUACCAUUAAAAGCAUUAUCCACAAGCAGUUCUCGGAUUUGUCUAAAGAUUGUUUCCAGAGAUACCCUAAUCUCCUAAAAAUCACGGCUGACAAAAUCGAAGACCGCCAAUCAGGUCAGCAAAGCAAAGCUGAGGAGAGGAUCAAAGAGCAGUUAAAUAUCGAAAACAUGAUCUUCACUCAAGAUGAAAUGUACUUUAAGACCCUGAACGAGAAUGGGAACGAGACAUUUUCUGAUGCUCAGUUACCUUUCUUUGAUGUUGCAACCAAGUACACUGAUAUGCUCAAUGCAUAUAAUAAGAUUAUGAUUAUCCGCAUGUCUGAUCAGGUGCCCAUGAUGGCCCAGUAUAUUAUGUUAAAAGAGGCUUCUGAGCUCCUGCAGACUGAUAUGCUGAAUCUGCUAAUCGAGUCAGAUGUGACCGGGAUGCUGUCUGAGGAUCAUUGUGUCAGUGAAAGACGCAAAGAGUUACAGUCUCGCCUUGAAUGUUUGACCAAGACUAGGGAAGAAAUGAAUCAAUUGAUGUGAGGGAACAAAGAAAAUCUAAAUCAUGUUCUUUUACAUAUGUUCUUUUUCUUUUCCAAAGGGGUCGAUAUAUUUGGCCUUUUUAUAAUGGAUUGAUGUUAAACUCUUAAAUAUUUUCUUGGGUAGAAAUUGUUUUUUUAUUGUGAGUGAUAGGGUGCCUAUGACUAUUGUUGAAAACAAUCAAAAAGGUUGAGAACCGCUGGCUGAACCAAUAAACAGCUCCUCGUAUUGUUAUCUCUUAACAUUUUUUUAUGUUUUUUUCUGAAAGUUUAAUGAAUACACAUUUAGUAUAACAGUUUGUUAUGCAAUGAAAUUAGCCAAUAUAAUCUGCAUUAUACAGGGAAAUUAUUUGCCAUAUGCAAAUCUUUUGUAAUUGGAUGACAAGAGGAUCUUAGCUGCAAUAAGUUUUAUCUAAUAAGUUUUGAAUAAUAAGUUUAUCUAAUAUUCUUUGUUAUAUAUAGGAAAUAAAUCUUUCAUUGCCAUAUUAUGGUCCAGGUAUCCAGUUAGGGAUGUAACGAUUCACUCAGCUCAGGAUGCGAUGCGAUUCUGAUCUCACGAUGCGAUUUAUUCACGAUUUUCUCACGAUUUAUUUUUACAAAAUGAGUUGGAACAAAUUAGAAAUGAACAACAUUCCUUGCAUUAUUUCUUAAAUGCUUCACGUUUCUUUGUAUAAUAAAAUGAUGUUUUAUUUCAAAUAACAAAACUAAACUGCAAUUUAAAACAAAUUCAUAAUAGAAAAAGUAUCUUUAAUAUAAACAAGUGAACAUGGCGGCCCCUGCUGUUCAGAAGAUGUAUUGCGAUUCAGUUCACACACGUUAUAUUCGAUUUUCAACCGUCUCAAGGUGAAUCGUUACAUCCCUACAAGCAAUUCAUCUUUGAUGUAGAUUUAGUGAUUCUGCUGUACGAGACUUUAAUCUGUUUCUGUUUGAAAUAAAAUCUUUUAAUUUUAGCCUAAACAGUUGUUUACUUCCUUC